AUGGAACGAGUUGUAUCUAAGAACUUGUUUAACUUCCCUCUCAAAGGGAUCGCAGAGGGCCAAGUCGCUGAAAUCGACGCUCAAAUCAAGCAAAUACAGAGCUCUGGACCCCCAGCUGAAAUAGGACGGAAGAUACAGGAGCUCUCCCUUAAAGAUGACGAUGAGUCUCUGAAUCAACUCCUUGCAAUGAUCAGGGCAAACAACGCAGGAAUGUCAAUGAUGGUAAAGAUGGUUCCACCAUUCCAGGAGGCAGCCAAGCAGAUUUCCGUAACUCAAUUUAAAGUUCCAACCUCUCACGAUGGAAAUUUUGACGUUCUGGUCGAAGUGUACACCCCUCAAACCUUGGUAGGAAAAACAAACAAUGCUGCCUACAUCUUUGCGCAUGGGGGAGGAUGUGUGUCAGGUACAGCAAACAGCAGCAAACCCUUCCUGGACUUCAUAGCAUUAUCCUCCAAUGUGGUGGUGUUUAACGUGGACUACAGGCUAGCUCCGGAGACAAAAUGUCCCAACAACGUCAAGGACUUCUACGAAGCUGUAAAAUAUGUCUGUCACAACGCACAGCAAGUGAAUGUGGACCCCAAGAAGAUCUGUAUUGGUGGAGAGAGCGGCGGAGGGUAUGUGUGUCUGGGGGCGUGUGUCCUGCUGGCUCAAAACAACGAGUCUCACCUUAUUAAGCUGGCCCUACCAAGUAUAGCCAUGGUGGAUGACUACUGCUUUUCUGAUCCCGCAGCAAUGAUGCUGGAAGAGAGAAACAACCACAUGGUAAUGCGACGAGUCUGGCAGAUGAUCGCUGCUGACAUCACCCAACAAGCUGAAGAUCCUCUUCUUUACCCAGGCAAAGCUAGCGAUGAGGUGCUUGCUAAGUUCCCUCCGACUAUCAUUAUCGAGGGAGAGUUUGACAUGUUCUUCACGUCCUCCGCCAGGCUAGCCACACGGUUGAGAAGAGCUGGGCGGCUCUUGGAGUUUGUGGUACUUCCUGGAGUCACUCACGCUGUUUGUCUGUUUCCUGUUUUCAGGAUGAGCGAGAUGUUUAAUGGAACUAUCAAGCAAGCUCUACAGGAAUAUUUACACGAGUAA